CAGAUAUCCACAAUUCAGUUGCAGAUAUCCACAAUAACAAUUGCAGAUAUCCGCAACUACAUUGGAGAUAUCUAUAAUGACAAACCCCAUACACAUGAAUGGCAAAAAUAGUUUUAAUCUUACUAGUCAAAACUGAAUUACAGAUAUCUUGAAUAAGAGUUUUGACUAGGCAAAAUUAUGUUGCAGAUAUCAGUAAUGAAUAUCCAGUCUAGCGAUUAAAUGUUAAAACGGCUUGCCAUACACUUCCAAGAUAGUCGUGUUGUAGUGAGGUUGGUGUUUUCUGUCUCCAUCUAGUGGUAGGAAAUGUGACCCUAUGUGACAGGAAGUGACGCAUGACAACAAAAACGUGCAGCGCUUUGUGAAAGAAAUCAGUGGAAAGGUCUCAGUAUGCCUAAUUUAAAACAAUAAAUUGGCAUUUGUUGUUUUUAUAAAUCACUACAGCCUGCCGGCGAUACUUGGACAGCAUUUACCGGGAGGAAGUUAAUAUAGACUUGUGAUGGCAGCCUCUUUACCUCAGAAGCCAGGGAUGGCAGGGAUGCCCGCUCAGCAGCAGCAGCCCCACCUGCCCCCCGGCGCUGCCUCAGCCGCCGGUCAGCAGCCCAUGCCCCCUCAGGGAGCUCUGAGAGAGAUCUCCCCCGUGUUCCUCUGUCGGAUUGGACAGGAGACUGUCCAGGACAUUGUCACUCGCACUAUGGAGAUCUUCCAGAUCACGCGGGCUACUCAGCUUCCUAAUGGUGUGACCCAGAGCCAGGCGAUGUACCAGGACCGCUUCGGGAAGCUCCAGGAACACCUACGGCAGCUCGCCCUGCUGUUCAGGAAGCUCAGACUCCUGUACGAACGCUGUGUGGAGAUGACCUCUGACCUGCAGGAAGGGCCAUCAGAGCUUCUGCCGUACGUAGGAGAGGAGCUGGUGUCUGUCAAAGUGGAGCCGUGCAGUCCUGCUGUCAACCAGGAGAGAAAAGAGGUUCUUGAGAAGGUGCGUCAGAAGAACCAGGAGAUGAAGGUGCUGAUGGAUCAGAUGAGGAACCUGCUGUGGGACGUCAAUGCCAUGCUGACCCUCAGGAAAUGAUAGUUCCAGUAGAUGCACUCUCUUUCAAGGGAAGCAUUCCUCUACAGACGUACGGACUGCGUCACAGCAAAGCCCAGGUGAAAUAAGGGAAGUCUGUUGGAUUUGGAGUAUGGGACCUUUUCACUUUGGCGCACCGUCUUUUUGGUGGUACUUCAUCACUGACAACUUACAAGUCACAGUUCACCCGUCUACUGUUGUUUUAUGUAUUAUAUUGAAGUUGUUGAGGGGAAACUAUUAUUUAGAUAGGAUAAGACUUAAAGGGAAGCUAGUAUUGUUUAACCUGAACCCUAUUUUCCCAUGUUUUUUCGUCACACUGACUAAUGGAGACAGCUAUUUUUGAACUUGGAUUAGUAUUGACAGAGAGCACUGUAGCUGCAGCAGCAGAACAGGCUGCAAUGUAGUCCCUAUAGGCAAUGGUGCACUGUCAGUUUACAUCCAUAAAAAUGCUUGCAGGCUUCUUAUUAUUGUCUGCUAACAUUAUGGAGAAGACCCAAAAGAAAAAUGAAAAGACCUUCCACUAGUUUGUUUGUUGUUGUGUGUAACCAAGGUUCUCUGAAGGAAACGUCUCUCUCUGAGAUCUCUCAGACUUUUCCCAAUCAGCUAAAUAUUCAGCCGUGACACUGAAAAUCUUUUUGAUAACACUAAGCCACGCUUUUUGUACUCCAACACAACAAACUCGUCCCGGCACUCCCCUCUCCAACUCUCACAGAUGUUUUUUCUUGCAGCAAGUCUCCUUUCUUCAGUCUGUAGAAUGAGACUUCUCCUUGAGCAAGGCCAGGUCACAAUAACAAACAGACCAGCGAAAGGUACUGAAAAACAUUUUAUCUCUCUGCAGGGUCCUUUCCAUAAUGCUGUCUGCCGCUUAAAAUAACAAUCUGAGCCUCCCGUGGAAAAAAACAAGCACUUCCAGUGGAUGUACAUCGAGGUCUGCAGUCUUAAAGAUUAUCUUACGGAUUUUAAAAGUCAUGGCUGAAUGUUUAGCUGAUUUCAACAGUGUGGAAAAGUCCACAAGAUUUCAGAGCUUCUCCUUGAGCAAGACUUGGGUACACACAAUAACAAACAGAACGGAUCAGCCAAAGGUAAAGAAAAACAUUUCGUUUCACUGCAGGGUCUCCUUUUGCUUAAUCUUGUCAGACACUUAAACAACUGAACUUAAACAAUGUAAACCUGUCAGUGGCAAAAACAAGCACAUUUAGUGGAUGUAAAUGGACACAAUUGCCUGUAGGGAUUACACUGCAGCCUGUUUCGCCACUGCAGCUCCAACGGUCUCUCAGUACCGGUCUCCACUAGUCACUUAGACACAAAACGUGAAAAAAAAGGCUCCAGGUUGAAGAAUAUCAACAUUUCCUUUUAAUGAAAGCUUAAAAAAAGCACAAACUGCUGCAACAACCUGGGAGACUCCAACUCCAACAUCAUUGUAUCUUUGUAAAAGGCAGCUGACAACCCGAUUAAUCUUUGCCAAGUGCUCUACAACUGUUAUUUUGUCACUGUGUAUAUGUGAAUAUGUUAUGGACUCCUGUUUCCGUACUGCUUAAAUAAUGAGUUGAAACCUGUAUUGCAUCCGGUAAAAACAAAAAGUUUUCUUGAAACGGUGCAUUCAUGGUGUUUUGCCCUCGGGUGCUGACUCGACACCAGACAGACUUGAAUUCAUUGCAGGUAAUUCAUCCAGAAAGCACAGAAGCUGAUCUGACGACUGUGUUUACAAUAAGAACAAUCGCCCUUAUUAUGCUCUGUCAGUUGUAAAAAAAACACUAUAAGUUCAGAAUUCAAAUUAGCCCCUUGGCAGCUAUGUAUCUCAGGUGCUUUGUACAUGUGUGUGUGUGUGUGUGUGUGUGUGUGUGUGUGUGUGUGUGUGUGUGCAUGUGCUUAAUGAGAUUAGCUUCCUGAGUGCUAGACAGCACACCUGUUUACCCUGAGGGCGUCGAGACUUGCUUGCCUGUGAAUUUAUUUUUGUAAACUGUGGGACAAAAGGAAGGCCUGCUGGGGUCAUUUCUGUUUUGUAUGAAAUAAACUUUUUUUUUAACAAAAUUUCUCGACAUAUACUUUAAGUGCGGCUUCUUGAUACAAAACAGGCCAGCUCAGACUUAAGUGUGUGCGUCAUUGUUUCACUUCCAACCCUGAGGGUCGACGUGGGAAUGCAUGAUCUCCUUCACAAUCGCAGCAUAUCCACCGACACACUGAUGCGUGUUCUGACCCUGACCUUUUGUAGUCAUCUUCCUUUACACACCAACAGCUCAUCACUGUAGCGCUCCUACACUACAUCAGACUGUUAGCUUGGAUCCCGAGGACAUGUGAUUGAGUAGCGCUUCUGAUUGCUGUAAUUGUAUUUAGAAUAAUUUUACAGCCAGUUCAGUUGGCCCAAAGAGUCUCUCCGUCAAAUUGAUUGCCAGGAAAAUAAAAGCCCAGCACAAAUUAUCACGGUAUCCAUUGGAUAGGAAAAUAUGUUUGUCUCAGUUUGUAUGAGCUGCUUAUGUUUACAAUUUAUGAACUGUAUCGAAAUAUUAAUAUGUAGUAUGGUAACUGAGAGUAAAACAAACAAUUCGUCAAUCGGCAGAGAAUUUAUUUUAAAAGAUUUGAACAAAUUGUUUAAGCUUUUAGAUUUUGAGUCAUGGUACAUAUUUUUUCUCUUUCCUGUAGUGCUAUUUACGAAUCUAGAUUGUUUGGUGUGAGUCACAGAGUGUUAAAGAUGUCGGUUUUAGAGAUGUCUGCCUUCUCUUAAAUACUGCAGAACUUGAUGGAACUCAGCUUGUGGUGCCAGAAAUACUUUUGAAAAACUUAACAGCAGUGUGUCUUUCCAGAAAUCAAAACUGACAAAUUCCUUCCUCUGAACUACACCCUCAAACCAUAUCUCUGUGCAGAAGGAAUUGGCCUCUACUGCUAGCUCGCAUAGCACCACUGAGCAAGCUAACGUAAUAGCUCAACCGAUGAGGACGUCAUUGUUUACAUCUCGUCCUGUCACGAGGCUCACAUCCAUGAGUAGAUGCACACUUCCUUCUGCACAGUGAUACAGUCGGUGGGUGUUGUUCAGUAGACAGAAAAUAGUUCCUACAUGAAACUGCUCACAACAAGGUCUGUGGAUUAUCUUGAGUAACCGGGUAAUGAUUUCUGGAAAAGCGACAUUGUUGUUCAGGUUUUUCAAAUUUCUUUUUUGGCACUUUGAGCACCACAAGUUGAGUGGCAUCUAGUUUCAUUACAGUUGAGAGAAGGCAGACAUCUCUACAGCUGAUAUUGCCAACACUGCAACUCACCACAAAACAAUCAAAGUUGAUUCAGUGUGUAAGUCUAGUUUCUUUUGCCUGUUCCUUGCUCAACACAUGAUUCUACUUUUCCACUUUUUCAAAGGAAAUGACAGUCUCAUCCUGGGUAAUGCAGCCAGGAUGCUCCUUCUUCUCGAAAUUGGUUUGAGAUUAUUCUGUGUUGUCUUCCUCGUACAUGUGGAGUUACA